AUGAAUGCCAAACUGGAGGUUUUAGCCCUGGUCCUGGGCUUCGUUGGCCUGUUUGGGACCAUAACAGUUACUGCCCUGCCCAUGUGGAGGGUCACUGCCUUCAUUGGUGCCAAUCUCAUUGUCAUGGAGGAACUCUGGGAGGGCUUGUGGAUGAACUGCUACAGACAGGCUGACAUCAAGAUGCAGUGCAAGGUGUAUGACUCACUGCUAAUUCUCCCAUCAGAGCUGCAGGCAGCCAGGGCCCUCAUGUGUGUGUCCAUAGUCCUGGUUGUCAUCGCUCUGUCCGUCAUCGGAUGUGGGACCAAGAAGAGCAACUGUUGUGGGGACGAUCAAAAGUGCAAGAACAUCACCCUGGCCCUAGGAGGGGGUUUGUAUCUGCUUUCAUUUUUGACCACACUCAUCCCUGUCAGCUGGGUGGCCCAUACUGUCAUCCGCAACUUCUACAACCCAGCAGUUGUGGAUUCUCAGAAACGGGAGCUGGGGGAGGCCCUCUUUAUUGGCUGGGCCACUUCUGGUAUUCUGCUGAUCACCGCGAUCAUCCUUCUGUUAAGCUACAGCAAACGUAGAUCGAAGGAGGAAGAGCCUUACACUGACACGUAUCUAAUGGCUGCAAGGGACGUGCAGAAAGAGGACAGUGAGUACCUGGGGAGGACGCCAUCCAGCUUUCACAAGCAUCAAGAAUAUGUGUAA